GCCGCAUUAUCGAAGACGCUGCCGUGACGCCGCCCCACCGCCAGUUCACCACCAGCCCAGCCCACGCGAGAGCAUCUAACCAAGAAAUCAUCAGCCUAAAAGGGGAACAGCACACUGACACCCUCUGUACCAGCUCGCGCAGCACAGCAGAGUAGCAGCAGCAGCGACCAUGGCGGCUAGGUCGUCGGCCCUCCUCGCCGUGCUGGCGGUAGCACUCGCCGCCGUGAGCUUCCUCCUCACGGGGGCCAGGGCCGACUUCGACGACCAGUUCGAGGCGAUCGGCGACCGCGACCACAUCGGGUACCGGGACGACGGCGAGGACAAGGGGCAAGAGUUCUCGCUGGAGCUCGACCAGGAGUCCGGCUCCGGCUUCAAGUCCAAGGCCAAGUACCUCUUCGGCGAGUUCGAGGUCAAGAUGAAGCUCGUCGACGGCAACUCCGCCGGCACUGUCACCUCCUUCUACCUGACCUCCGGCGAGAGCGCGACCCACGACGAGAUCGACAUCGAGUUCAUGGGCAACUCCAGCGGCGACCCCUACGUGAUGAACACCAACGUGUGGGCCAGCGGCGACGGCAAGAAGGAGCACCAGUUCUACCUCUGGUUCGACCCCUCCGCCGACUUCCACACCUACAAGAUCACCUGGAACCCCAAGAACAUCAUCUUCGAGGUCGACGGCGUGCCGGUGCGCACCUUCAAGAAGUACGACGGCCUGCCCUUCCCCUCCAGCCGCCCCAUGACGGUGCACGCCACGCUGUGGGACGGCAGCUACUGGGCCACGCAGCACGGCACCGUCAAGAUCCACUGGCGCCACGCCCCCUUCGUCGUCCCCUACAAGGCCUACCACGCCAACGGCUGCGUCCACGACAAGGCCACCAACAAGACCUCCUGCCCCGCCGGCAGCGACGCCUGGAUGCGCCGGGAGCUCGGCGAGGAGGAGCUCAAGACCGUGGCCUGGGCCGAGCGCAACUGCCUCUCCUACAACUACUGCGCCGACGGCUGGAGGUUCCCCAAGGGCUUCCCCGGCGAGUGCGGACGCGACCUAUGAGCGAUUGAUGAUUCAGUGGUAGCAGCACUAGCUAGCAGUACACCUCGGAGCCGAGAUUUCAUUGAUUAAUUUCUUCCUUCCUUGCUACUCCACUACAGUACAAUCGAUUGUUCUUCUUGUUCAUCCCAUCUUACCUUACCUUACAUAAACCUGUGCCAUUUUUCUUUUCUUCUCUUCGUGUACAUUCAUUUUUGCCACCUUUAAUAAUUGUUUAGAAGAAAUGUGAAGAAAGUGGGAGGAAAAGGGUGGUAUGCGUAUAGUUAAUAUUUUGGUUGAUAUGUGUUGA